AUGUUGAAAACCCCUCUGUAUCAGUCGCUGCCUGACCCUGUUCCUUCUUCUGCUGGCUUGCGUACUACCUUUGGCUGCUUAUUGCAAGAUCAGGUUGAUCUCCAACUCUCUGCUGCUACUGUCACUGGUCGUCAUACUUUGCUUCGUGCUUGUCGUCCUGAUACCACAAGGCCUGAUCCCAUACUCUAUCUGCCUCUUGGUCGUAUUGCCCGUAGUCGUUUGGUCCCGCUGGCGUCUUGGCCGCUUUACUAA